AUUUUUCCAUUUCCAACAAAACGCUGCCAAACACGUCCCAUGGUCGCGAUAGCGGAGAGCCUCUCUUCCAUUCUCGUCGAUUGGUCACUCUAUCAUCUUCUCUAAGCAAUAUCAAAUCAAAAUUCACAAGUCAGAGAGUUGAACCCUUGGUGCUCUCUUUCUGUCAGAGGGCUUUGUCAACUAGGAAAUGGCUGCUAUCAGAUGCACCACUAACAUGAUUGUCAAAGAAAUAUUUCAUGUAUCAUUGUCCUUACGAUCAGAACAGAUGUUCCAGAUGGUAUUACCUAACUUCAGUGUUUACUGUGGUACCGUAAACCGUGGAAUCAGCUAUAGUCGGAUUAGGUGUGCAGCAGCAGAUUCUGGAGAUGGUAGAAGGAAGGUGUCAGCACGCCUCUCACAAGUUCAGCAGCUUUUGCAAGAAGCUGAGGAGAGAUCUCUCUCUUUUGGCAAUGAGCCUACUCCCAAAAUCACACUAGACCAUGUUACUGUGAGUUUUGCAAGAAGUGGUGGGCCUGGAGGUCAGAAUGUCAACAAAGUGAACACAAAGGUGGACAUGCGCUUCAAUGUUAAUAAUGCUUAUUGGCUAAGCGACAGGAUCAGGGAGAGGAUUAUGCAAAUGGAAAAGAAUCGGAUUAACAAAGAUGGGGAGAUCGUGAUUUCGUCAACAAAAACUAGAACACAGAAGGGUAACAUCGAAGAUGCACUGGGAAAACUACAGGCAAUUAUUGAUGCUGCUUCAUAUGUCCCACCGCCCCCAUCAGAAGAGCAGAAGAAAAAAAUUGCUAAGUUGGCUGCUAUUGGGGAGCAGAAACGGUUGCAGAACAAGAAGGUACUUUCACAGAAGAAGGCAUUUAGAAGAAGCCGAGACAGUUGGGACUAAACAACAAAUCAUGAAGUUUUAAUGUUUGAGAUGUUCAAAUAUGAAAGAACCCAUCUUCCACUAGCAAUAUUAUGAACAGAGUGGACGGCUGAUGGGACCUAUGCUGCAACCCUGGGAACCCAUCUUGGAGAUGGGGGGUAUAACUUUUAUCUGUCACAAAAUUGGAUAGAAUGCUUAAUCCACAUUUAUGUAGGACGAUCACAGGCUUGUUAGCUGCAGUGAUCCUCACAGAAUACAGACAGUUCAAUUCUUACAUUACAUCAAAAUUUACCUUUUAUUUAUGUUAAAAGUGCACCCAAGAUUCUGUC